ACACGCUGUUGGGGGCCAGCGGAUGUGGCAAGACUACCCUGUUGUCCUGUAUCGUCGGAUUACGUUAUCUCGACAGUGGAGAGAUGUGGGUCUUGGGGGGAUCUCCGGGCAGUGUGGGCUGCGGAAUUCCAGGGCCUCGGGAUCAAUGGGCUUGACGAUAAGGAGAUCGAAACGAGACAUAGGUUUUUCUCGGAAUUGUUCCAACUGCCUCCAGCAAAUCAGUUGGUGAAGAACAUGAGUGGAGGUCAACGAAAAAGGGUUUCCUUUGUCGCCGCAUUGAUGCAUAAGCCCGAACUUCUAAUUCUCGAUGAACCCACCGUAGGUUUGGACCCAAUUUUGAGAGAAAACAUUUGGGCUUAUCUGAUCAAACUAACACAGGAGGAAGGCACCACCGUAUUGAUGACGACGCAUUAUAUCGAAGAGGUUAAAAAGGCUAAUACAGUCAGUUUAAUGAGACAUGGUAAAUUGUUAGCUGAAUCGGCGCCGCAGAAAUUACUGGAGAAAUUUCAAUCCUCGUCAUUGGAUGAAAUUUUCCUGAAAUUGUGCGAGGCACAGAAUAAUGCAGUCACUUUAACUGAAGAUCAGGGAUCCAAUAUAGAAGACACUGGUGGCGAUGCCUUCAAUCACGAUCGAAACAAAUAUGAACAACUACAAGGAAACAAAACGGUUUCGAAAAGACAAGUUUCACGAUUAAGAAGGUUCAAAGCUCUAUUUGUGAAGAACAGCCUCCAAUUUACCCAUGAUUACUCGUAAGUAUUCAUCAUAACUUAUCAAU